GCCCCCGCCUCCGUUACCGUCUUCCCCCUUCCCCCUUCCCCCACCCCCGCCGCGCCUGCGCUCAUCCAUCGCCCGGGGCGAGCCCUCGCCGAUUCCGUUUCGUCCGAUUUGUUUUGAUUGCAACGGGCAACAGGAAGGGAGGGGGAAUAGGAGGGAUCUCUCUGGACCGUCGCCGUUGGAGGUGGCUCGGCGGUUUCUUGGACCUGCGUAGGUACAAGCGCCACCCCGUUUCCUCUCGGCCGGCGGAUGGACGCGAGGGAGGUGUGAAGCCUGGUCGCUAACUGAUGCUCGUGGAGAGAUUCGGAGGAGAGGAGCGCGCGGUGCGGAGGCGGUGGAGGCGGAAGCGCCGACGAUUCGGACACCGCAGCGACGGAAGGGGAGCGGCAGGCGGACCAGGAGCGCGCCGCCAGGAGGUCGACGGUCGCCGCCGCCGCCAUGGGCGAGUCGCUGCUCACCGCCCUCUCCAUGGACACCGCCACGGCCCACCUCCCGCACCAGGGGCCCAACACCAUCCUCUCCAUGGACACCGCCUCCCACGACGACUUCGACCUCUUCCUACAGCCACAGGGGCCCUUCCGCCGCUGCCUGCAUGCCGCGGCGGUCGUCCCCCCUGACAUCAACCUCCCCCUCGCCGCAGACCCCUCGCCGCCCCCACCGGCGCUGCAAGACUCCAACGUCGACAUGCUAGACGUCGGCCUCGGCGGCCCACAGCAGUACGACUCGGACUCGCCGGCUGCCACCGUGCCUGCCGCGGCCCCACCAGCGGCCGCGGCCACCACCACGGUCGCCGUGUCGCACACCAAGGGCUCCGGUUCCAGCGCCGCGCGCAAGUGCGUCAAGAGGAAUGAUAGUAUCUGGGGAGCGUGGUUCUUCUUCACCCACUACUUCAAGCCCGUCAUGUCCGCCGACAAGGGUGGCAAGGCGAAGUCAGCCUCUGCCGGCGGGAACGGUAAUAGUGCCACACUGGAUGCUUUCCUGGUGCAGCACGACAUGGAGAACAUGUACAUGUGGGUGUUCAAGGAGCGGCCGGAGAAUGCCCUGGGGAAGAUGCAGCUGAGGAGCUUCAUGAAUGGGCACUCGCGCCUCGGGGAGCCACAGUUCCCGUUCAGUGCAGAUAAAGGGUUUGUCCGCUCCCACCGGAUGCAGCGCAAGCACUAUCGUGGGCUCUCAAAUCCACAGUGCCUUCAUGGGAUUGAGAUCGUGAGGGCACCAAACCUGUCAGGUGUACCUGAGGCUGAUAUGAAGAGGUGGAUGGAGCUCACUGGAAGGGAUGGCAAUUUCUCGAUCCCAACUGAGGCAAGUGAUUUUGAGUCAUGGAGGAAUUUGCCGAGCACAGACUUUGAGCUCGAGAGGGCAGCAACUGCUGCUCCUGCAAAGAGCAGCUCACAUGGGCACCACAAGAAGUUGCUGAAUGGUUCUGGCCUUAACCUCUCAACUCAGCCAUCCAACCACAGUUCUGGGGAUGGUAUGGAGAUCACAGCCACCUGCAACAAACGCAGGAAGGAUUCUUCUCCUGCUGCCAUGGAAGAGGAUUGCAGCAAUUCAAACUCAGACAAGGCUCAUGACAUGGACGUGACCCAUGCUUUUGAGCCAUCAUGGAUGAAUGACUUCACUGGUGUGAUGCGCCAUGCUUCUGGGCCAGUUACCGCUGCAAAAACAAUAUAUGAGGAUAGCAAGGGCUACUUGAUCAUCAUUAGCCUGCCUUUCGCUGAUUUUCAGAAGGUGAAGGUUUCAUGGAAGAAUACUCUUACAAAUGGGAUUGUCAAGGUAUCAUGCACUAGUGUUGGUCGGAUGCCAUUCCUGAAAAGGCAUGAUCGGACCUUCAAGUUGGCGGAUCCUGCCCCUGAGCAUUGCCCACCAGGAGAGUUUGUCCGGGAAAUUCCACUGCCUACCCGGAUACCUGAAGAUGCUACUUUGGAAGCAUACCGUGAUGAAACAGGAACAGGCCUAGAGAUUAUUGUCCCUAAAUUCCGUGUUGGCCCUGAAGAACAUGAAGUGCAUGUGUCCAUGAGGCCGCCCUCGUCAUGGUGCCAAUGAAUACAUGUUCAAGUUUGCAAGGAGACAUUUGGUGCGGAGGUUUCCUAUUGUUACCAUAAGGCUACUGUACAACAAGUCCAGCACAGUUUUGCUAAUUUUGAUGGGAAACAGUCUUAAUUGAUUGAAGCAUUCUGGUAGUUGGCAAUUGCAGCAUCUGGAACAAUUUUAGGAAUAUGCUACAGGUCACAAGGACCAUGUCUGCAUUACUUAGCUCUUGGUUUCAAUAUGUUUUGUGUAUUAUCUUUUUGUUUAGUUGUAAUUUUCGUUGUGUCAAAAGAUUGGUUGUCUGCUCGAUGUGCUUCAAUGUGUGCAUCACCGACAUGAGCAAUCUGUUUGUUCUACAGAAUGGCUCCUGGAUAACUGUAUAGGGCAUUUAGUCAUUUUCCAUAGACUGUGACAGGUUUGCUUUGUGGGCAUUCUUGGAAAAUUCAUCUCAAAAUGAUGGAAACUAGGAAAUGGAGUACAUGUCAGUGAAUUUAGGAUUUGCCAAUGUUUCCAUGGGAAUUAGUGGCAUUGUAGCAUUUUGUGAACGUUUUCCAGGGAUUUCUGGAAGACAAGUGUAAUCUGCUGGAAAAUGUAUCUCAUCUAUUGUCAAUAUAGUAGGUGCGUUCUAUACUAUUACCA